AUGGCUAGAGAUAGAGCAUCUGCCAUGCAGUCGAUUGCGAGCCUUCUCCCAAAACUGGACGAUCCAGACCCAGACAUUCGCUUCAUGCAAUUGAAUGACCUUGCUGCUAUAUUGGCUACGCAGAGCUCGGAGCAACUAAGAUCAGACACCCAUGCCGCUGCUAGGGUUAUUGACAGAAUUAUUAAAGCAUUGACUGACAGCAAUGGUGAGGUACAGAACCAAGCACUGAAAUGUGUCGGUCCGUUAGCCAGGAGAACGCCGAAUGACUACAUUGCACCUUACUUUGACAAAAUUACCGAACUUACCACCCGCAAAGAGCUCGAUGCAUCAGUGCCUCUAACCGCCCUUCGAGUCGUUGUUGGUUCAUUGCCAAAUCCAUUGACGAGCGCCAACGAACGAGACGUCAAGGAAGCAUUCGCUGCCAUUAGCAGGGUCCUGAUCCCAAGACUUGUUGGUCGUGUCCUACUGGCGAAUGAGAAGCGACCUCCACCAGACCUGUCUCCUGGAUUGCUGCAACAGCAGAAGGAUAAAAGUUAUAGUGCUGAUGCUGUUGACGUCGCCAUUGAGGUUGUGCACUGUUAUGGGUCCUCGCUGCGAAACGAAGAGCUUGCUGCGCUAGGUGCUACCCUCUUCCAUACCAUUAGUGAUUCACAAGCAAAUGGUGUUGUCAAGAAGCGGGCACUGGCCGGUGUCAGCGCCAUUGUGCCCUACUACAAAACGGCUCAGUUGACCGAACUUGUAGAGUUCAUUGCCGCUCAGGUGGAAGACCCUGACACAUCAAUCAAUCACCGUCGAUAUCUGAUUUCUGGAGUUGGUUCGCUGGCUCGAGCCAUUCCUACUCGGAUAGGUGCUUACCUCAACGUGCUUGCUCCUUUCGCCCUGAAUGUCCUGAGUCAGGAAGAGAUGGACGCUGCGAGGGAAGACUCAAGCGACGAGGUAGAAGUCGACCCAGAGGUAGAAGAGCUGAGAGAGGCCACCUUGGUAACACUUGAUUCUCUACUAGCCUCUUGCCCGGGAGAGAUGCAGCGGCACCUCGACGGCACUCUUUCUGCUGCUCUAAGAUACCUCAAGUAUGAUCCGAACGUCGUUGAUGUUGAAGAUGAUGAAGAAAUGUCAGGCACACAGGACGCUCAGAGCGAUGACGGUGAUACCGAGCCUUUUGGCGACGAUGAUGACGAGUAUGACGGACUGGACGACGACGAUGCCUUCGGCGACGUUGAAGAUACAAGCUGGAAAGUCCGAAGGAGUGCCGCAAAGGUCUUGCUGACUCUUAUUGCUAUUAGUACUACAGCAGAUCAGGAAGGGUUGAUUGCCAAGCUGGCCCCUCCUCUUCUAUCGAGACUUAGCAAGGAAAGAGAAGAUAGCGUGCGACUAGAGAUCAUUUCUGCAACCACUGCCCUCAUGCACAAGACUGCUUCUAUGCCACGCACUCAUCACGACGAGGCUGUGAAUGGCUCGACUACAACUCCAAUGAGCAACAAGAGAAAGCGGCGAGACAGCAACAUUAGUAAUAGGGACGUUGAUCUGCAAGGUCUUGUACAUAGCCGAGCAAGCCCUCCUUUUGUACCACCAUCACCACCUGUUGGCGCUCAAGCAGAUCUAGCCAACCUCAUUCCACGAAUCAUCUCAGCCACCGUCAAGCUUUGGAAGAAGGCAAGCAUAGCUUUGAAACAAGCAGCCAUUCUGAUGCUCAAAGCUGUUGCUGAGUCGAGAAAUAGUGCUCUAGCAGAUCAUCUGCAGCAGCUGGAGGAUCCUUUUGCUGAUGCUCUGACUUCGUCCGGCGGUAGUGGCUCAACAAAUGCCUCUGGCUCAACAGCUACAGCUGCUAGCCUGCAGAUAGAGACUCUUGCACUGGUUAGCACCAUCACAGAGACGAAUCCAAGCACGGUAUUGAUGCCUUUUGUCAUUGCACUCAUCUCGCCUGUCACAAGUCUGGUUUCGGACCGCAAUUAUAAGGUGUCUCAAGCUGCAUUAUCAACAAUGGAGCAAUUCGCUAAGGCACUCUCACCGCCUCGCCUGCCAGCAACGAACCAGGAUCACGCCAUACAUAUCGAGAAGCUAUACUCUGUAACGCUUGGCCCUGUCAAUAACGUGAACGCAGAUCUGGAGGUUCGGCAUCGUGCCAUACAAGUCUUCGGUGUCCUUGUUUCGAGGACAUCUGGCACUAAGCUACUGUCCCUUGAUGCACGGAGCAAAGCUUUGGGCGUGCUAGAUGAUCGUUUGAAAAACGAAACUACGAGACGAGAAGCGGCGCAGGCGAUAGGCCUUGUUGCCGAAGCUGCCACAACAUCAGACAACGUUGGUAUAAGUUGGGUUCAAGAAGUAUCGGUAGAGUUGGCGAAUCAGCUUCGAAAGGCUGAUCGAUCUCUCCGAGCAGCAUCACUCGAGGCACUUCAGUUCCUUGCCCUUAACCCAGUGACAGCGUCGCAAUACGGGACGGAUACGAUCCAAAACAUUCAGACCCAAUUGAUGCCCGUCAUACGAGCAGAUGACCUCAACCUCCUCACUCCAGCUCUGGUCGUACUUGCAAAGAUAAUACCAACCAAUGCCGAAGUACUUGUCAACCCACCAGUCGUCGAAGCUCUUUGCAAGCUAUCGCAAGCCCAUCUAGAAGGGCCGCCAUUAAAAGCAUACCUGUUGGUCGUCAAGAUGAUCGGUGAGCAAGGUCUAGGAACGCCGCUGAUGACAGGUUUGUUGGCCGUAGGCACCAAUGGCGAUACCCAUACACUCGGCAGGGCUAUCGGCACUCUCAUGGUGCACGGUGGCAAUAACUUGGGUGUGUCUGUCGAUGCCUUCAUAGGUGAGGUCCAAAACAAAGACGAUAACUCGGCUUGUCUUGCAUUGACUGUUCUUGGUGAGAUCGGUCUACGCAUGGGUGCUCAAUCUCCAUUUGAUAUGAAAAUAUUCUACAAGAGUUUGAGUGCUAAGUCUGACAAAGUCCGACUUUCUGCUGCGAUCGCUCUGGGUAGCGCAAGCUCAAGCGACAUUAAGCAAUACUUACCUGCCGUGCUGAGAGGUGUAAGUUCUGGCUCAGAUCAAGAGUAUCUUCAUUUGCACUCCCUGAAAGAGAUCCUACAACACACCGAAAACUCUGCCAGCAGUAUCAUGCCUUACACACAAGAUAUGUGGACUGUAGUCUUCGCAGUCGCUGCCAAGGAGGACAACCAGGCUGUAGGAGCAGAAUGUCUUGGUCGCGUUGUACUACUCGACCCAGCUAAGUACUUGCAAGAGCUCCACCAGGCUCUGGACGGUCAAGAAGCCUCGCAAAGAGGUACCGUUAUCUCUGCGUUCAGAUUCACUUUGAGCAAUUCCAGCAGCAGUUUGAACCAGGCUUUGACACGAUCGAUUGUCCCUCUGCUAAAGAAGAUGCUUAGCGAUUCAGACAUAGGCAAUAGACGACUAGCAGUCACGACUUUAACAGCUGCUUUACAGAACAAGCCAGAGUUCAUCUUGCCGGAUCUUGACCAGCUGCUACCUGUUGUCCUGGCAGAUACUCAUAUCAAGAAAGAGCUUAUCAAAACAGUUAGGAUCGGCCCCUUCACACAUCAAGAAGAUGCUGGCCUAGAUCUGCGAAAGUCAGCUUUUGCUGCACUCUAUACACUCAUGGAAACUCCACGUGCUCUGCCCUUCCUCACAUUUUCAUCCUUCUUCGACCGUGUUGUGGACGGUGUGGCUGAUGAUCACGACAUUCGUACGCUCUGCAACCUCAUGCUCUCACGACUCUCGGACCUCGAUGCAGAGGAGACAAAGCGCCGUCUUCCUACUCUUGCCGAGUCGUUCCGCAAAGUGGUCGAUCAGAAACCAAAAGAAAAUGCCGUCAAGCAAGAGAUUGAGCGUAUCAAUGAAGCGAACUCAAGUGUCAUAAGAAUGUCUUUGGAACUGGGCCAGAAGUUCCCUAGUGCUAAUAAUGCUAGUGUGGAUUCUGACCUGGCAGCUUGGAGAAACUAUUUCGAAUUUAUGCAGAAGGAAUUUGCAGGAACAGUGAAGCAGAUUACUACUGGUAACGAUGCUUAG